CCAAGAGCCCAACUUCCGGGGUCAGCGACAGAGCUCGAAAAGUAAACUCACGCGGUCGGGAAGAAACAACAAAGGAGUUUCUGCUGCCAGAUUUAGUUUCUGAGACGUGCCCAGUAUGUAGAGAUGUCGUGAACUUGCUGGAACUCAAGGUUUUGGCGCGGUGAAGGUAGUGCUACUAUUAGUAGAGAAACUACGCUGGUGGUGGAGUCGCUCAGGAAAAUGACCUGACCUACGACCUGUGACAUACAAGGAGCUGAAAUGGUGGGCCGUUUCCCGCAGGUGUCUUCUGAUGAGAACUCCUCAGAUGAUGAGGGGUUAAAGGUCACAGAGGGGGCAGGGGUCGUAGAAGAACGCCUUCAAGUGCCUCCGUCGUCAUACCAGCGGCCUGGAGGCUUGUCGCGGCGAAGAAGCCGCUUCAGACAGAAGAGGAGAUUUCCCCGCUUUUGGAGGGGCGUCAACGUGUCAAAAUAUGUCACAUGCUGUGGCAGUGACAGCGAGGACAGCGAGGUCGACGACCUCCAGGAAGAGCUGGCCAGCUACCUGGCCGAACAGGGCAACCAGGGGUCAACGACCUCGCUACAGUUCCAGCUCCCCCAGGGGUCCUACAUGGAGGGGGUUCUACCACUGCGAUAUGGGGAGGAGAGUCGGCCAUAUUUGCUGCUGAACAAGGUCAACUGCCCCUCCAUGGAGGUCAUCAGCGAGCACCUCCAUCGGACGUGGCGGAUCGAGAGGCCAAAGGUCAUCCUGUCGCUGUAUUGCGAGCCCGAACACUUCAGCCUCUGGAAGCGGAGAAAGAUCUACGACGCUCUUCAGACUGGGCUCAUCAAGCUUGCCUCCACCACCAACAUGUGGCUCAUCACCAACGGAGCGAACCUCGGCGUGGGGAAACUUGUCGGGGACGCCAUGAAGCGCGAGAAGGCGCGGCGGGAGUAUAUCGUGGUAAAGGAGGAGGAGGACCAGCCCAUGCUGAGGGCCGUGGGGAUCUCUCCCUUCUGUGCUGUGGCUCACAUGUUGCCCAGAUGGCGCACCAUCCAGGAUGGAGUGAGAGACCAAUGGGAACUGAACCCUGACCAUACGCACUUUAUCGUGGUGGACGACGGGACUGACGACAACUGGAACGCCGAACACGAGCUGAGACUCCAGCUGCAGCACCACUACAGGUCCCCCCGACAGACGUACAAUGUUCUUCCCGGGACCACCUCCAGAAAGAAGGCGAACCCCGUGGUGUGUGUGUUGGUGCAGGGAGGCCCGGCCAGUAUACAGUAUGUACAGGGAUGUGUACAACAGGAGACUCCUGUACUCCUACUGAAGGGAAGCGGCAAGGCUGCCGAUCUGCUGGCCUUUGCGUAUGAAGAGAUCAAAGAAAGACCUCCUCAGGAAGACUGGAUGCAGUACUUAAGGGCGGAGCUGUCCAGGAGGAUCUUUAAGACAUUCCCCAAGUUGUCUCAGGAGGAGGUCCAGGAGCUGAAGGAGUCGAUCAUCGACUGUGUUAACGACGCCAUCAAGGAGGACCAGGUGUUCCUCAGCAUCCUAGAAGUGCAAGGUUUCCAUGACGACCUGGAGAAUCUUGAUAAGUACAUCCUGACGGCCAUCUUGAAAGCUCAGGCAGAUGUUUCCGAUGACAAUGUGGUGCAGAGUGACCUUCAGCUGACCUUGCAGUGGAACAGACCUGACCUGGCGCUGUCCGAGAUCUUCCAGUCUCCGUAUUUCCCAGACAAUAUCAAAAUCCCACCGCGUCUGUUUGAGAAGGCUCUACUGAAGAAGGACCGGGAGGAGUUUGUGGAGCUGUUUCUGUCUCAGGGCUUCGACCCGGGGGACUUCCUUACUAGGAGCAGGUACAGGAGACUGUUCGAGAAAGCCGAUGACAGGGAAUUUAUCAAGGGAGUGUUUGGAGCCAUGGGGUACAACCUGCCUGAUUUUGGAGUCCUCCCAGACAACUUCCUGACCACCCUGAAGAAGGUGAUCUGUCAGAUUGCGGAGGUUGAAGUCUACUUCUUCUGUCACGAGGACCCGACCAAGGAGCGCCCAAACACGGAGAGGGCCGCGCUCAUGUGCCUCAGCAGCUUCCAGAAGAAAACUAAGGUGAUGAUGGACCUGUUGCUAUGGGCGAUCCUGGUAAACAAGCAGCGGUUGGUGCGGAUCAUCUGGGAACAGACCGAGGACCCGAUACCGCUGGCGCUCUACAUCCGCCGGGUCUACAUGUCUCUCACCAAGUUUGUGGAGGACACCACACUACGGAAGGAGAUGGAGACCCUGGUUGUUGAGUAUGAAGACCUGGCAGUCGGUGUCUUAGACACGGGAUACAAGGAGUCGACCAAGAAAGCCACGGACAUCCUAAAUGAGAUGAUCCCAGACUUGAAGGUCAAGACGGCGAUAGAGGUCGCGUACGACAGCAAGUGUAAGAAGUUCAUAGCGCAUCCCUGCUGUCGGAAGUGGGUUAAGAGGAAGUAUAUGGGAGGGAUCAGUGUGAAGAAGACCAUGGCAAGCUUCCUGCCCAGCUGGCUUAAGAUCCUGCUCAGUGCCUUCCUGAUCUUCCCUAUGUUCUUCUUCAUCGACUUCCGGUUCCUGAAGCCGACCGUUGAGGAGCAGAAGGCUCAGAGGAGAAAGGAACUUUUGAGGGGGAGUCAGCAGAGUGGCAUCCAGAACAGUGUCUACCAGAACCCGAUAUACCAGCAUGUGGAGAGGCAAGUGGAGGAGGGCUGCGAAGCUUCUUGUCGGUACUGUACAGGCUACCACUGCAACUGCACCCUCAACACCUGCCUUCUGAACUUCUUCCGCCGAGUCAAGGCCCUGUGGACGGCCCCCAUCACCAAGUACUGGGCUCAUGUGCUGUGUUACAUGAUCUUCCUGUUCCUCCUGUCCCUCUCCGGACUGCUGCCGGGCUGUGGGAACAUCCUGCUGGACAUGGCCAUCAGCCUGUGGAUGACAACAUCCAUCGUCGAGCUCAUCCGGACCAUAUACAGGGAUAAUGAGAUGUUCAAAAGCUCUUCAGGUUGGCACAAUGUCUGGGGCUACACAGAGACCGUCCUGAUCGUGUUGUUCUGGGUGGCGCACUUUGUCGUGAAGGUCGUGGGGACGCGGGUGGGGUUCGUUCACCCAAAGGACGCCAAACUGCUGCUGGCCAUCAUGGUGUUCUUCUUCUUCCUGCGGUUGCUGUAUGUGUUCGCUCCGAACAGUCUCUCACUGGGACCCAGGCUGGUCAUGCUCAGGAAGAUGAUUCAGAUCGACCUGGUGGUGUUCUUCCGUCUGCUUGUGGUGUUCAUGUGCAUCCAUGGCGUGGUGUCCCAGAUCCUGCUGCAGCCCUGGCACCAGCUGGACAGCAGUGUGGUGGAGAUGCUGGUCUGGAGACCCUGGCUACAUGUCUGGCUCACUCCAUACAGCUACCUGGAAGGUAACUGUGAUAGCUUGGUUGUGGUACCACCCCCCGACCAGCCUCCCAGUUGGUACGCCCCCAACGUUACCAUGCCGACCUGCCCAGCGGAAACCUCGGACGCGUGCGAGGGUCACUGGUUCCUCUACAUGUCUCUCAGCUUCUAUCUCAUCUGUGUGCGGUUCGGCCUCCUCACCGUGCUCUUCGCUAUGUUCAAUAAAACUUACCAGAGGGUACACGGGGAGUCGCGGGAGAUCUGGAUGUACCAGCGUUACAAGCUGAUCAUCGACCUGGACCGGCGUGACAGCCUGCCUCCUCCACUGGUCAUCUUCCACUACAUCUAUAUGCUGGGCCGCUACCUGUGCUGGUGUUGGAAGUGCAGGGUUGUCACUAAGAUCAAGGUGGCGUAUGGAGAGAAGACCUACUCCAGCCAGGACAUGGUGGAUGGGGGGCUGGAUGUUCCAGAUGGAGAGGAACUCGACGAAGACAGGUUCAGUUUCUGGAAGUCCUGCGCUCACAGCUUCAACUCCAGUCAGAGGAAACAGGCAGCUCAGGAGAGCAGGCAGAUGACACAGACUGAAGUCUAUGAGCAGGUGAGCGAUGACCUGUCCCGCCUGGACGUCCGGGUGAGGAGGAGGCACGACCGGCUCCACGAUCGCGUCGUCAAGGUGGAGAAAAUGAUGCAGGAGAGCAUGCUGACUCUGGAGACCAUCAAACACCUGCUCCUGACAAAAGAGAGUAGAGAGGUUGAAGGUGUCUCCACGACACAGACAGGAGCAAUUCUCCACAUCGCAGCCCGACAGUCUCCCUACUUCGGCACCAAGAAGAAGCGUUUCCCCGUGUUUGACAAGUACGUUCCCUGGAAGGUCCUGUUCGUGGAGUACGACCCUCCCCGCUACACCGCUCCCAUGGAGUACUUCUCCGAGUGGUUCCGCCAGUUUGCUGACGAGGUCGAUCCAAGCACCCAGAAGCCAGCCCCUGUGUGGAACGAGGUUGUUGGGUACAAGAUGCAGAUCUGGCGCGAGGGGGAGGGGGGCGAGAGGGAACAGCUGGAGGAGGUCAUGGAGGUCGAUCGAAGGUCAUGGAUCGAAGACAAGGACAAAGGAGUCGGCAUCAGAUACAACAUCACGUCAGAGGGUGUACCUCAGAACCCGAUGGGCAGGACCGGGCUGAGAGGCAAGGGGGCGCUCUUUAGAUGGGGCCCCAACCACAGCAUGCUGGCCAUCUGCACAAGAUGGAAGCGCUCGGUGGACCCAGCUACAGGAGAUGAGCAGGAGGAGUAUCUGCUGGUGGAGGGGAAGAGAGUUCUGGAGUUCCUGUCUUACAAGGAGCCUGACUUUGAGGAGUGGGCCAUACCUGGGGCUAUGACAGCAGGGUUGGAGAGUAAGUACAGCGUGCUGCAUCGAGCCUUCUGCACAAAGGCUCUUGGGAAACAGCUGGCAGUGGUAAACAGGCACAUGGAUGAGAGCAAGGUCAAACAGUUGUUUGAAGCGUACACAGUGGAUGAGAGAGACUGCACCCCCUCCGAACGAGACGACCCCAUCGAGACCUUCUCAGCUGCCAUGAUCUACCGCGGUUACGUGGACGACCCUCGGAACACGGACAGCGCCUGGGUCGAGACGGAGGCAUGGCACUUUCACUAUGAGAGCGGAGAAAAUUUCCUGGAGGAGGAGAUGGUUGCUGCCGGCAGCAGGUGGCAGGAAGUGUCCCGACAUGUGAAGCUGUUUGCCAGCCACGCUUCGGUCAUCCAGGAGGCAGCAGCAAGACUCAACGCCUACUUCUGAGGAGGAGUCUUCCAUGGUGCCUUUGUACCUCUUACAAAAUUUUAAAGGUUAGAAUGACACAGUAUGAAAAUUCCAGAAAGUACAACUUCAUAAAAUGUCAUCAUUAUCAUCUUUAUCUUCACCAUGUGUGAUGGAAUGGUGCCUUCAAAGAUACUUCAAAUAGCCUUAAACAUUAUUCGACCAUACAUGACAUUGUAAAGGCAUCGUGAUAAAGAAUGUUUCUUACAACCGAGGGACAUUCAGCACUGUUUCAAAGAUUUAUUGUACAGUUUUAGAUUGUUUGCAUGAGUGAAGUUGAAAGAACAUUUUAUUCAGUGCUAUUUGACGUGCAAAAUUGCUACGCACAAAUAAUUGAUGAGUGUGUGCUGAUACACGUCCUUCAUUGAUGUUGUUCUUGUCUCUGUACAAAACUGCUGAGUCAAUAACAACAAUGAACCAUUACUGUCUGACAUUCAGCAGUUGUGAGCUCUUUAUUAUAUACACUAUAUCAAAGGCAACAUUGAUCUUAGAUUCAAAAGAAAAAUGUUGAAGGCAAGCUACAAUAGCAGUGGAGCUGGAAUACAUGUCUAUGCAACUGUUUUGUUCUAUAUAUGACUGGUAUAUAUAUUUUGUGUGCCAAUGCCACUAAAACCAGCAAAUACUGCAUCCAAAAAAUAAAAUGAGAUUGAAUUACACACCAAAGACAGGAGCAGGACAAAAAGUGUCAGUAAGUGAGCUUAAGGUUGUGUGUACCUUUAUGCAGCAAAGGUAGAACGUAGGACCAAAUUUCUCUUUGCACAGGAAAAAUAUGUUAAAGUUUACAAUAUUUUGAUGUAAAGCAAUUAGGAGCCUGGGUGAGCUUUCCUGUUAUAUAUAUUUUAUCUAGUUACUUGCUAGGUUGAAUAAUGUAUGGUCUACACAGCAAAAGUUUGAUCAAAAACUGUUAGGAAGUUUUGUAUAGAAAAAGUUACAAAUCUAUUUUGUAUACAGAUUUCAGCAUCAUAAAAAAGAGGCUGAUCUAUGAUAGAUACUAGAUUGUCUUGUAAUCCUUGAUACAGUAUUUUCUUUUAUUUAGCGUCCAAAAUUAAGAUUUCCUGGGCAAUUACAUAUGAUAGGACACAGCAUUUUCUUGGACUGACAAUAUCCAUAUUCUACAAAGCUAUAGCACUGUAUAUAUGACAUGCCAUGGUCCGUUUUUUAUUUUAUCCAAAGUCGUAAAAGCAUAUGGUAUUAAGAGACUGAUUACUAGCUAGAUUGCUAAAGAUGAUUGGAUGCUGAAAUUUGCUUUCUAAUUACGAUAAUCAGGUAAUGAGCAAAUUGUUAUAGAUGAUAGUUUAAUCACUUUAAUAAGGUUAGAUAUUUUCAUUCUGUAGUUUGACGCACAAAAAAUACUUCAUGUCAUAAUCAUGUUACAGGAUGUUAC